AUGGCAGACCACCCCUUCUUUAAAAAAUACGGUCCGCCGCAAGACCACUCUUCACGUCCCAUGCAACAUGGUCGCAAUACUCCCUCAACCCUUGAAUCUGCUCCAGAACACGAGAAGAAGCCUUCUGAAGAGUAUCUGAUGAGCGGUGCGGUUCAAACCCAUAGUGCGUUGAAGCGGAGUGUAAAAGCCCAUGAGGACAAUGUGUACGAUACAGAUCGAAAGUCCAAGAAUUCGUCCGCCGUCUGCUCAUCUGAGACCCUCUCUUGGGCUCUUUCCGUGGUGGCCGUGAUUCUUCUCGGAUUGAUGGUCUUCGUCCUGUUCGAGACAAAGCCUGAGGAGCCGUCAAGACGUCACAUAGCAGCCGCCUCCAGCUUUUGUGCGCAGCCCCACCGUCAUCUGCUGGAGGAAGGUCUUCAGGUGACCUCCUCACUGGAGGCUUCUGUGGCUAACAUUACUCAUUUGGACAAUUACAACCGCAGCGACACCCAGAAUCAUAUGCGGAAACCCUCUAUCAAAGUGGACGUGUCAAGCCUGAUGUCAGACCUUCGACGUCGGAUCCAAGGUGCAAAAUCGGUUUCAGACACAGCAUGGAACCUUGUAGUUGUCGCUGUGCCAAAUUUCAUCUCCUCUGUCGAUCACACAAUUGAUUAUGUUGAUGACCUGAAGCUCCUUGUGGAUAGUUCAUCCCGAAUGCUUUUCCAGACGUUUGACAAGCAUGAAGAUAUAUUGAAUGCAGCUAGACGUCUCCGCGAUAUAGUGUUGAGCGAGAUCGGAGCCCAUGAAAACGCUGCAGCUGCCUUCGGAGCCAAACUGGACCACGAAGUUGAACGUAAUCAGCGCAGAUUGAGCCGUAUCGAGACGUACAAGUCGGUCGUCGAAGGCGUUGCUACGAUUGAGGAGCGGGCGUCUGAAAGCUUGAGCCACUGGAAAACGACGGAGCCCCUGGUCAAAGAUCUACAGGCGCAUUCGGGCUUUCUGCGACAGCUGGGGCAGAUCAAAGCAGACUAUGAGAAACAAGCCUUGGCCUCAAAGUUUGAAGACAUCGCAGGAACAUUGAGUGAGGUGGAGGUUGUGUUUGGAGUCAGGUAG